ACAAAUAAAUCCCUCCAUCAGCUACUUGGUGGGCUUAGACGGCAAGCUGCGCCGGUGUGCUUCUUUACUGAUUUCAGUGGUAUGCAACCCUUGAUUGGCGCUGGCUGCUCCUUAAUUUCCCCCCGACAUGGCACUGAAAUGUUGGCACAUCAGCAGGAGAGCCUCCAGCUGUUGUUUGAUGGAGUCGAGUGUGAUGUUUGUGUCAAGAAGACCACCACCAAGAUUAGUAGGCGAAAGGAGAACCAGUACAGAGCUGAAGAUCUCUCCUACCUCAUCUUCCAUGAUUUGAACGAUAUAAGGCCUUCACCUGAAGUUCAGGCCCAUGUUAACCCAUCUGUAAAAAUUGCUUUGAAGUUCCACUUGUGCAUCCUCUCCCAAAAAACAAAGUUGCACUUCUGUAUAUAGCCAAAUAUUUCUAUUCUAGUGCCCACGUACAUGUAAUGUUUUUGCUUAUGAAUGUGUCUUUUUAUUGGUGUCGUCCAACCAAA